GGGCCCGGCUCCCGGAAGCGCGCGGUCUCCGGCCGCCAUCUUCGCCGCUGGAGCCGGCGGCGGCUUCCACCUGCCGCCUCGGCCGCGAUCGGGAUGUGGAGCCGGAGGAGCUCCCGGUACCGGCACGAUGCCAGCGGCCUGGAGGAGCUGCGGGCCCGCCGGCGGGAGCAGGAGUCAGCUCUGAGGAAGGCCCGGAGGCAGCAGCAGUUGGUCAGUAAGAGACUUCUGCGAGAAGACAGCCUGGUGAAUGGAGACGGGCAGCCUGGAGUGGAGAUAGCAGCAGAACCUCUGUCUGAGCAGGAGGUUUUGCAGCUGCUGAGGGAUGUCCAGAGGGGAACAGAGGAGAGGAAGAAAUUGUUGAGUCGCCUUCGACAGGGACUGCAGCACAAAGAGACGCAGCAGAAAUUUGUCAGGUUGGAGGGCAGCAUGCGGGUCCUGAUCGGGCUCUUCACCAGCAGCAUGGCCAACAUACAGAUGGAGGCAGCUCGCUGUCUGCACGAACUUUCACACUCCAGUGACCCUACUGUGGCUGAGGCGUGUUUGCCAGCAACUUCCUAUCUCCUGACCUACCUCUCAGGACACAGUGUAGAAUUCACAGAGCUGUGUUUGUACACGCUGGGAAACUUGGUAGUUGAGAGUGAUGCAGUGAGGAAGCAACUUUUACCUCAAGGCAUUAUUCCAGCCCUGGCAUCCUGUAUCCAGUCCCCUCAUGUGGCAGUGCUGGAAGGCCUGGGCUACGUCCUGUCGCAGCUCCUGCAGGCCAGGGAAGCUCCCACCAAGAUCAUACCCUUGGUUCUGGACUCGGUUCUCCCCCAGCACAUGCUUCGAUUGGUUAGCUCCAACCUGGAGCUGGGAAUGGGAGUCGCCGUGGAGUUUUCUUGGUGUCUUCAUUACAUUGUGUGUAGCCAUGUGAACAACAUGCUGUUAAUCUCCCAGGGGAUAGUGUCAACCCUGGUGCUGCUGUUGCUGGAACUGGCUUCCAUGAUGUCAAAAGCAGCAACUGGGGGCCUGGAGUUGCUUAUCUGUCCUGUGCUGCGGUGUCUCAGCAACCUGCUUGCAGAGGAUGAGACAGAGGGCUGCAAAGUGCAGAUCCAGGAUGAGCGCCUCUUGGUGGCUUUGUUUCUCUUCAUGCAGUACUUCCUCCAGCAGCACCCUUUCCUAGUGCAGGAGUGUCUCUGGCUUCUCAACAAUCUCACAGCUGAUGAGCCCAUCUUCUGCUCUGCCGUGCUCACGCUGGACCUGAUCCCAGCCCUCCUGCAGCUCUUGCCCUGUUCCCGGAUGGUGACCCUGCUGGCUCUGACUGCAUCCUGCCCUGGGAGGGUUUGGAACCCAUUGAAAUGCUCUUCCCCAUCCCAACUUGUGUGUCAUCCUGGGAGGAGUUGGCAGAAUAUGAGGGGAGCUGCCUGCCCAGGUUCUAGUCUCCUAAUAUGCCAGUGGACGAUAAGCCAUAGACCAACUGAAAGAUGCUUCAAAAUUCAAUCAGUGAAAGAGGAACACACCCUAAUGCAGUGCAGAUAAAAGGAGUAGCUGGGAUCUAGCGCUGCUAGCGCUUGGGCUUGGAGGCAGCCCGUUCAAGAGAAGUACACGUGAAGGGAUUUUUAAAGAAAGCAUUUUCAAAGCUUCUUGAAUGCCAACAGGAGCUACUGCAUACUCUACCUUUCCAGCAGGCUCAGUGAGGGAAAGGCCUGGACCACCUUGUGCUUAAACAGAGAAAACCUGAACUAAUAGCUAGCUAUUGCCCCGCUCUAACGUGUUCUGCAGGCUGAACGCUACUUGAGCCAUGGCUCUCCACCAAGUCUGCAGGGAGCUAUCCUCGGGCCUUUAUGCAGCCGAGCCUGGCAGGCAGCUCCAGCGCGGAGUGACUCUGGGCACAUGGAUGCCUGCCAGCGUACCAAGCCCCAUGCUAAGCACAAGUAGCAGACUCUGCAUGGCCUCAGCAAGGUUGUCACCUGUUCCAGAAAGCUCAUCUCACCCUGCCCUGGGGCCAUGCAGAGAACAGCAGGUGAGUGGGGCUCUAGCAUGCCAAUCUCUGCCUUCGAAGGUUUGCUGUACUGCAGGACUGUCUCCUUUGAGGGGUGACAGCAUUUCCUGCUUCUCCUCAUGUCCUCCCAGGAGGUGGAGUUACCCAGACUGCACCAUCUUGUGGCAGGGAGACAUACAGGACUGUGAUAGAUGGUUGGUUCUAGUCAAUAUAAAACUUGUGACCAACUUCAGUAAUGUCAGUUCCCCGGGUGUCAGCUACUGAGCCAUGCAACUUGGGAUACUCAUGCCAGCUCCCUCUCUAGGCUCUGACUGUGCUGUGUAACAUCGCUGAGAAGGGCCCUGCCUACUGCCACCAGCUGCACCAGAAGGCUCUGCUGCCCUCGCUGCUCAGCACUCUUGCUCUUUCUGAUGGCCAGGUGGUGGGCCAGAGUCUGGAGCUGCUACA